AGUUGGGUUUUGGGAUCCGAGAAAAUGGAAGUCCGAAACGCGGAUAACGGCUCGGCGCCGCCGGCGACGGCGUCGAAGCAACCGAAGCCGCCGCCCAACCACGUAGACUCCGCCUCCGUCUCGCAGAGGCUCCAGAAGGAAUUGAUGCAUCUGAUGAUGAGUGGAGAUUUUGGAGUAUCUGCAUUUCCUGAAGCUGAAAAUAUCUUCUCCUGGAUUGGUACCAUCGAAGGAGGAAAAGGAACUUGUUAUGAAGGUUUAUCUUAUAAGCUUUCACUUCGCUUCCCAUUGGACUAUCCCUUCAAACCUCCCCAGGUUAAGUUUGAGACACCAUGCUUCCAUCCAAAUGUAGAUCAAUAUGGAAACAUUUGUCUAGACAUCCUACAGGAUAUGUGGUCCUCAGCCUAUGAUUGCAGAACAGUUCUCUUGUCCAUCCAGAGCUUAUUAGGAGAACCUAAUACCGAGAGUCCAUUGAACACAUAUGCUGCAACUUUAUGGAGCAACCAAGAAGAUUACAAGAAAAUGGUUCACAAACAUUAUGUUGAUGGUGGUGAAACACUCGAAAGCUGAAUGGGAUUUAUCUCAUCAUGCAUUUUGCUGCCAAAGAAUACUACUGCAUAUGGUUGGCCUGCUACUUCAAAAUGCAUACUAAGGCCACUUGUCAACAAUUGCAUUGUAAAGCCAUGAAUAACACAUUCUAGGAUAAAGCUGGAGAAAUAAUUGCAUUCCUCCAGAUCUGAUCAUGAUAAUUGUCUCAAUGGAAAAAAAAAAGGCAAAAUGAUUGAAAUUUGGGAAAUUCUUAUUGCAUGCUUGAAGGGGUUUGUCACUUCCUGACAUCGAUGUUUGUCCGAUGAUUCCUGUCCUUGUAUAGUAAUUUCAGAUUGUGUGGCUCAACAAACAUUUCCAAAACAUGUGCAUGUAAAUUGUGUUAAUUUCUCUCUGUAAAUUCUAUUAUCAGUGUCAUGCAAUGGCCAAAAUUCUAUUCACUUUAAUUAUGUAAAUGUUUUACUUUGAUCUAUUUAAUUAUA